AUGAGCUCCAGCAUCUUUGACUUGACCUUGAAGGGCUCUGGUUUAGGUUGGCUAACGCUGCAAGGGAUCAUAUACAGUGGUGAAACUGGGACCGAUUUAAUUGUUUCCAUCCUCGCCAACAUGCACUUGUCAAAUACCAACACUGAUGUCCUUUUCGCAACUAUCAUCCAUUACACUCGCCCUGGAUUGUCCGCCAGCUCUCGCACACCUAGUCCCGAGGGUUGGCCCAUAUCCCCCGUGAUCAAUGCACAGAUGCUCCAGCCAGCUGUGUCUGCUCCGGUGUCCUAUUUGUCAGGUGCUGCCGUUGUUCCCACCGCCGCCGCCUCCCUUGUUGCUGUGCCUGCUCCCCAUGGUUCAACUGCCCUCCUCAUUCCACUGUCAAACCCAUGCCCCCUUUCCCCAUGCGCACACACGCAUCUACCAUGGUGCCACCUUGGAGGUCCCAGAGAACAGUACUGCAGGACCAUUUUGGCUGAGCCUCUCUUAUUGGCACAGGAGUCAGCUGUGCUGUCUUCAUUUGUACUGCUUCAGUUGUAUGUCCUGAAAGCGCGUCUGUGA